AGUGUCGCCUAUUGGCCUCCUAUUAACAUGACCACAGUGACGCUCGUGCUGCGUACAGGAUACACGGACUGCUGUCUCGUGCGAAUACGCUUCGAAGACGACACUGGUUCAAUAAGUUAAAAUGACUCUCAUUACCAGAACUGCUCUAUGAAUAUGUCUUUCAGCGAGCAGCAGUAUCACAUGGCAACACUCAAAGAAACGACUCCUCAGUGGAGAACAACAGUUAUAGUCAGUACGUCACUCCAGAAGCACGAGACAAACAGGAUGCUGAGCGCGCAGCAGCACCGAAUCAGAUUUUCAGACAGCGUUGACCCUGGAACCUUUAUUUUUCCUCUGUCAGGUACUGCAUUUCUGUUGGUUGACCCUCAAGACCUCCCGGGGCCUUUCGAGGAAUCUGGACUCUUUGAGAGGAUAGAGACAUUUGUGCAAGUACACCGGAACAGCUUUCUACUUCUUUAUGCCCCUUUUAACGGAAGAAAGGAGUUGGACAUUUUGUCUGCGAUUCAGCACAGAUUCCUUGGCAGUAAUCUCAAGGUCCUGCCUGUGCGAAACAAUGCUGAAAUUGUUAAUGGAAUGUUGACCAUUGCCAAGGCCACCAGUAAGCCCCAUGCAGACAGUGUCAGCGACAUGAUGUCUCUUGCUCAGGCUCACGUCACUGAAAGCAGUCCUGUGUGGGAGAUGCUCAGAGACCAGCUGUAAAGGUGAUCCAGUAACCACUACAAGCUAUACUUGGUGAAUGAGCAAAAGAUGUUUUGAUA